AUGUAAUGUUAAGAAGGAUGGCAAUAUUAUGAAUAGAAUAAGAAUUGUUUACCAAUAUGUGGUGAUUCAAUAAUUAAUUAUUUUGAAGAAUGCGAUGAUGGGAACACAUAUCAAUAUGAUGGAUGUUAUUAAUGUAAAUAUUCUUGUCCUUUGAAUUGUAGUGAAUGUUAAUUUGGUAAAUGCAUAUAAUGUUCAUUUAAAUACGAAUUGAUAAAUGAUAAAUGUUAAUAUAUUUGUGAUGGUUAUGAGAAUUAGGAAGAUUAAGAAAAUAGAAAUUGUUAGAAUAGAAUUAAUAAUUUGAUUGAGAAUGGUUAUUACUAGCAUAAUCUAUUUAAUAAUGAAAAUUCUAAAUAUACUUUAGCCAGUAGUUUAACAUGUAAUCUAAAAGAUUUUGGAAUUUUUGGAUAUUUUUAUAAUUAAUGCAGAAUACCAGAAAUACAACAUUGUAAAAUGAGUUUUAUUAAUAUAUGUCUAUAAUGUGAAGAAAAUUAUUAAUUAGAAAAAAAUAGAUUGAGAUGUACUACUAUUUGUAAUGAUGGAAUCGUAAUAGAAUAAUAAUAAGAAUAGUGUGAUGAUUAAAACAAUAUAUAGUUUGAUGGAUGUUAUAAAUGCUAAUAUAGUUGCUAAUUGGAAUGUUUAAAUUGUGUUGAAAAUAAAUGUUAUUAGUGUUUUGAUGGAUGGAAGCUUAUUGAUUAUGGUUGUUAUCAAUAUUGUGGAGAUGGUUAAAUAGCUGUAACUUCAAUGGAACAAUGUGAUGAUGGAAAUUAUGAUAAUGGAGAUGGAUGUUUCGAAUGCAAAUAUCAAUGUAUUCCAUAUUGCAACGCUUGUAUAGAUAAAAAUACAUGUUAUAUUUGUGAAUAGUACUACGAAUUAUAUAAUAAUUCAUGUAGACCAAUAUGUGGAGAUGAACAUAUUGUUAUUGGAUUAGAAGAAUGUGAAGAUGGAAAUGAUAUUCCUUAUGAUGGUUGUUUUAAUUGUUAAUUUUAGUGUGAAGAAGGAUGUUAAACUUGUACUUUUGGAAUAUGUUUAGAGUGCAUUAAAGGAUAUACAAUUAUAAAAGAUUAUUGUGAAGUUGAUAAUUACACUCAUAUUUUUGAUGAAGAUGAAUAAGAAGUGUCAAAUAAAUGUGGAGAUGCUAUUUAUACUGAUAAUGAAGAUUGUGAUGAUGGUAAUGAACUUGAUGGAGAUGGUUGUUCUAGUUUAUGUCUAAUUGAACCAAACUGGUUUUGUAAUAAUUUUCCUAGAAAAUCAAGUUUUUGCUCAUAUAAUACUGUUUUUAAAUUGUAAUAUCUUAAUUAGACUUAAUCAAUUUAAUACGUUUAAUUAUCAUUUUCUAAUAAAGUUAAAUUAAAUGACACUAUUUUGAAUUUUACUAAUUCAAUUCAUCCAUCUAUUUCAUCUAUUCAAUAAGAUAUAUAAAUUAUUACUAUAAUACCUGUAAUUGAAAUUGAUUAAACUAUUUUACUUGAUGUUAUUUAUAUCUUUUAAAUUCAAAUUUUUGAACCUAUUUCAACUCAACUUUAUUUAGCUGUAGAAAUUAAUGCUACUUUAGAAGACUCAUAUAAAAAAAAAGUAAAUACUACUCUCUAAACUAUCAAAUUAUAACUCCCCAAAGUCUUAAACUAGAAUUAAUUACAAACGGCCAAUAAAUUUUAAGCUCUGGGUAAUUGGAUGAUGAUAGGAUUAGCUAGUAGUAGUUUCUUACUUUUAUUAAUUGGAAAUCCUAGAUAAUGUAUGGAAAUUUUUGAUAUUUUAUAACUUCAAUCAUAUCUGAAAUACAUAAAUGUGGAUUUUCCAUUGAAUGUUUUAAUAUAUUUUGAAUCAUCAGAAAUUGUAACUAUUAAUCCAGUAUUGAUUAAAUUAAAAAUUACUGAUUUUUUUUACUAAUUAAUAGGUGAUCAAUAUGUUGAGAGUAUUGGAAAACUUUCUGAAUAUCAAUUAAACGCUGAUUUAUUAGUUAACAUCUAUGGUUAAUUUACUUAAAUUGGAUUCCUGAUUGCAUUGUACAUAUUUAUAAAAUACUAUACAAAAUUUGUCUACACUAAUUGUUUUGGCUCUAAAUUUAUCUAUUAUAUUAAACUAAUGAAUAAUUAAUUUAUUGAAAGAAUUGGGAUUAAAUUUUAUUUACUCAAUAAAAGUAUUUGUAAAUUAAUUGAUAUAUUUAAUAAGGAAGGCUUACUUCAAUUGUUCUAUGCAAAUAGUUGGGAUCUAAUAUUUAAAGUUUUAUUGUAUUUAACUUCUAAUUUUAAGCAAGGAAUAAGAGAAAUAAUUUCUUCUAUUCUUUCUAUUGGAUACUUAGUAUCCUUAAUCAUUAUCAUAAGUUAAAAUUGCAGAAGAAAUAAUCAUAAAAUUAUAUUGAGGGAUUUAAGAAAUAAAUAGCACGAUGAUAUUAUUUUAAUUAAAAAACUCGUAUUUUUAUUAGUGCUUAUUGUAAUGUAAAGUUGCCCUCUUAUAUAAUGUAUUUUACUUACAUGUAUAUUAUUUUGGUAUCUUGGAUAAAUAAUUAAUAUUGAUUUUACAAAAAAUAAACUUGACUUAUUCAUCAUUAUUUGGACGGAAGCACCAGUAAUGGUCUUUACAUUAUCUUGUAUGAUAUAUUGCUCUGAUUUUUAAAAUUAUUUAUUAUUAGAUUAAUAAAUAUUGUAUGGAUUUGUUUAAAUUAGUUUUUUGGUAUUAGCUUUAGCAUCUCCCUUAGUGAGAUGUGGAUAUUAGCUUUUUUGUAAAGUUAGAUCAUAUUAUUUGAAAAAUAGAAAGAAGAUGAACCCAAUUUAUGUAGAUGGUAGCAACAUAUUUUAGAUAGUUGAUAACAAUAACAAUAAGUGA